CUCUUUAAUUUAGGUCGAUAUAUGAUUCUCAGUAUAGUACCGAAAAGUAGGGGUGGCAACCGGUCGGUUUCGGUUUAACCGAAAACCGAAUUCUCGGUUUUCGGUUAAACCGAGACAUGACCAACCGCUGCCGACGACCGACCGUCCCAGUAGUCCCGGUUAGCCGCAAACCGACCGGUCGGUUUUUGGUUUAUGUGCGGUCUAACCGGGCGUCGCUCCAACCGCCCCCGCUUACCGCCUCUCGCCCUUCAUUCCCAAAGCCCGCGACACCAAUUUCCCCAAGUUCCCGUCUCCUCCGCCCACCACCCCCCGACGACCGCCGCCGCCCCCUCGCCAAUCAGCCGCGGCGGAUGGUGCCGAGUCACUCGAGGUCGCCGCUUCUCCACGACAACCUGUCUGCGUCGAAUUGCGACUCGAUCGAAUCCGCAAGGAGGAGCGACGCCAGGCGGCGACCCGGACCCGUGGUGGCGCCCUGCGACGAGGGGGACGAAGAAUCGGAGGAAGAGGACGGCGCCCGCGACGGCAACGAGACGGAGAGCUUCCGCUACUCCUCCAGAAGCUUCUCCUUCGAUGAUACCUCGUGCGAGUGCAACCGCGCCGGGGAGAUGACCGGGAGCGAGAACGAGGAAGUGAGGUUACUGCGGUGGGCGGCGGAUGACGGUGGCGAGGAGAGGAUUCUGAAUCCGACUGACAUGCGGCGGCAGGUGCUUAUGGGGUUGAGAUCGAGUUCUUCGGCGGGGGAGCUGGGCGGCGGCGAGUCGAUGGGGGAAGUGAUGGCAGUGGUGAGGAAAUCGACGGAUCCGAAGGGGGAUUGCAAGAGGUCGAUGGAUUUGGGAGAAGGAGAUUUACGACGCGAAGAAAUUGGAAGAACUGUUGGCUGCUGCAGACCUGCAGUGAGCGGCGAUGGAUUUGGGAGGAGGAGGGCUGAGGACAGACUCGACACUUAGGGUUAGUAGGGGUCGGUUAGCCGGUUAACUGCCGGUUUUCGACCCCGGUAAGUCGGCUAGCCGAACCCCUGCCCAAAACCACCGCCAACCGACCGAUGCAUUCAGAAUCGGUUUUUCGGUUAGUCGAAAUCGAUCGGUUUAGUUGAAACCGUCCGGUUAACUGCUAACCGAAAACCGUUCUGCCACCCCUACCGAAAAGACAUCCCCGGUUCCACCUCCAAACAGGAGCGAAACCGUGAAUCAAAUUGCCUGCUUAUCGAGUGGCUUUGAUUGGUCGAAAUUGCAAAAUCAAGACUUCAAGAGUUU